AUUUCCCGUGAACAGUUUAACUUGGGCAUUACGGAACCAGCAGAGCCCUUUUUCGUCAUUUCACUCAAUCGGCAGUCUCACCUCCCUCAUUAUUAUAUCUACCAUGAACUCCGCCUCCCAGUUGCCUUCUUCAUCUCUAACCUUUUUCCCUUUUUCAUUUCUUUCUAGAUUUUGGGGGAAAAGAAAAAACACACACAUAUAUAUACACACAUACAUAUAUGUACGUAUUCAUAUUUUUUUCUAAUUGAUUUUUUUUCAUCACCACCGACAUCAAAUGAUUCAAUUGUUUUUCCGAUUCACAAAGUUCGGAAACUUCGAAUUCGAUUGACAUCGAAUUUGGGGAUUCCAAUUUAUCUUCUUUUCAAAAUUCACCUUUUUCAUGAUUUUUCAAUACAAAUUGUUGCAGUCGAUUUUUUUUAUAGUUUGUUUGGGAUCGGCCAUUCAAAGUUUCGAUUUUUUUGUAAUUUAUUCAUGAAUUCUUAAGAUAAACGAAAAAUUGAGGAUAUUUUUUUUUCUUUUUUCUUUUUGUUUCUGUAAGUUGAAAAGAAGGGUAUCAUCGGUUAUUGGAGUUUGGUGGUGUAAGUGAAUUGGAGGUGGAAUGAGCUGCGGCGGGGUUUAUACGACGUCGUCGUCGUCUUCGAAUGAGGUGCUGAGGGGGAUACAUUUGAGUGGAGCUGGUGCAAUGAGCCAUGAGAGUGAGCAUGAUUUAGCAAUGAUGGUCAAUGAUUUCUUGGAGAAUAGUAAUAGCGGUGGUGCUACUGACCUUACAAGAUACAGCAGCGACAGUGAUUCCAGCUUUUCUGAUCUCCUUCUUCUUGCUGAUAAAAUUUCGUAUUUCAAGCUGGCGAAGAAUCAAUAUGAAAGUGACUUAUUGUCGGUUAUCAAUUCUCUUGCACUUUCAAUUAAUGAAAGAGACCUUGAUGCUGGAAAUUCAGAUUUGUGCAAUGCUAGCUGCAUCAGGUUCGCCCUAGUUAAGCUUCUUAGGUUAUCUGGUUAUGAUGCCGCUGUCUGCACAUCCAGGUGGCAAGGAAUCGGCAAGGUUCCAGGAGGUGAUCAUGAAUAUAUUGAUGUAGUCCACAGUAACGAUAUGGGAAGUAGUGAGCGUGUGAUUGUCGAUGUUGACUUCAGAAGCCAUUUCGAGAUUGCUAGAGCCGUGAAACCUUAUGAUAAGAUAUUGAAAUCGGUACCGGUUAUUUAUGUGGGAAGUUUGAAUAAGCUCAAACAGUUUCUUCAAGUAAUGGUGGAAGCAGCUAGGUCUUCUCUAAAACAGAACUCCAUGCCUCUCCCUCCAUGGAGAUCUUUCGCUUAUUUGCAAGCCAAGUGGCAGUCUCCGUAUCAAAGGAAGUUUUAUCCUUACGAAAAGAACAGUAACCGUAACACCACCAUUCCUCUUGAACACAAGAAUUGUGCUGGACAUCUUCGAAGACUGCAUUCUUCGCUUUUGUCUGAGAUUGAAAUCGAGCGAACGCUUAGGCCCUUUAACCGUGGUAGGAGGGAGAAACUUGACAAGCGGAGGCGUUCGUCUUUCCAAUAGUUGGGGGGUAAAUUCCAUCUUUCCAAUUCUUUCAACUAUGGCAGAUUCAUUCGGUCAUACUUUCAAUUUUUUUUAGAACUCAUAAUAUUUGGGAAAAUAUAAAUUCAUCUGAAGUUAAAGAUUUCAGAAGUUUUGCGCACACUCGUUGAUAUUUUUUGGGACUGCAAACUGUAUGCGAUCGUCAGGGAUGAUUCGCCGGGGAACAAUUGUCAAUAUUGAGUGGGACUGAACUUCGUUUUGUCCUUGUGGAAUUUUGUUAGUUAAGCAAAAAUUUUGUGGUGCUUAUUUGUAUUGUUAAGUUUUUGAGAGUUCAUUGAGAAGCUUAUGUAUGAUUUAUGUUCUGUCAAUUCAUUUUUCGGGAGCUCAUUUAUUAUCUAGUAGUAGGUCGAGUUGGUGGAGAACCUCCUUUAAUAUUUUCUUUUGAACUGAAUAGAACUGAGAGUUUUCUAUCUUAUGGAGGAUUUGCUGAUGUGGUUGUUGAUUACUAAUUUUUCUAGAAAAAGAGUUGGUUUUUUUUUUC